UACUGCUCGAGUUAUCAUGGUAACACAAUAAAUAUAUAACUCAUUUUCACGAUUGUGGGUCCUCUGCAUCACUCCCUUCGCGUAUAACUUCAUCAUUCUUUUAAAGAGGAGCCAACAAACCAAAACGCAAAGGGAGGAUAACCAGGAGAGGCGACACUGCCUUGGAAGAUUACAAGUGAACUGAGUUUACGGAUUAAAAAAAAAGAGGAGACAAGAAGAUGCCCCAAAGAAAAAGGCAAAGAAUUUCACUCUUAAUCACCCCAAAAUCUGAUCUUUUCGAGGAACUACCAGACGAUAUUAUUGUUUGCAUCCUCUGCAAGCUCAGCUCCUCUGCUUCAUGCCCUUCAGAUUUCAUCAGCAUUCUCACAACAUGCAAAAGAUUGAAUCGGUUAGGUCUUCAUCCUCUAGUUUUGUCCAAAGCCGGACCUAAAACAUUCGCAAUCAGAGCAAAAAACUGGUCAGAAUCUGCUCACCGGUUUCUCAAACAGUGCGUUAACGCCGGCAACACUGAAGCCUCCUAUACUCUAGGAAUGAUCCGAUUUUAUUGCUUGCAAAGCCGAGGAACUGGAGCGUCCUUGAUAGCCAAGGCCGCCAUCAAAUCACACGCACCGGCUCUUUACUCUCUCGCAGUUAUGCAGUUCAACGGCAGCGGUGGCUCCAAAAACGACAAAGAUCUCAAAGCCGGCGUCUCUCUUUGCGCUCGAGCAGCCGUCUUGGGUCACAUCGAUGCGCUACGGGAGCUAGGCCAUUGUCUCCAAGACGGUUAUGGCGUUGCUCGAAACAUUGCCGAGGGACGCCGGCUCCUAAUCCAGGCCAACGCGCGAGAGAUCGCAUCAUCGUUACGUUCCAUGCUCAUGUGGCAAUCCCAACACCAACAGCAGCGGCAGCAUGUCCAAUAUGCUUCGUGUGUGAUGAUGGGAAGCAUGGGGUGUCUAUUGCUAAGUGACUUUGGUUGUAGUGUGCCAGCGAGGGAGUUACACCCAGCGAAUUGGUUUUUGAGAGAGUGGUUCGAGUCGGGGCACGGGGUUCUGGGGCCAAGCUUGAGGUUGUGCUCGCACAGAGGGUGCGGGCGGCCGGAGACAAGGCCGCACGAGUUCCGUCGGUGUUCCGUUUGUGGAAAGGUGAAUUAUUGCUCGCGGGGAUGUCAAGCGCUCGAUUGGAAGUUGAGGCACAAAUCGGAAUGUGUGCCAAUGGAGCAGUGGCAUGGUGUGGACGGCGGCGGUAAUGAGAUUGGAGGAAUGGCGGAGAUUGAAGAGGAAAUGGAUGAGAAUGUGGCUCUUCUUCAUUGAUAGCGAUCAAAUUGUUACCGUUUGAUUUGGAAAUUUUUUUAGGUAAGGAUAUUUUAUUUUAGUUUAGUUUUUAUUUUUUUAUAUAUUUUUAUUUAUGUAAAUAUUGAUAAAGGUCUUUGAAAUGUACCAAUUUUGUAAUUUGAACCAUAAAAUGUACUAAAUAACAGGGCUAAGCGACAACCAUGCGAUUUGCUUA